GACCAGAAGCUUCGCCUGGCUCACACAAGUUGAGUCAACACGCUGGGAAACGCGCCGUCUGGAUUUAUAUGUGGCACCUCCAUACUGUCGUCUUUUAUGCUGUACCGGAGGACUUUUCUUUAUCAUUGUCACUUGCCGUAGAUCCCCAUUCUGCUCUCGGAAAUGUGUUAAGUCACUUAUAGUUGAGUUGCAACCAUUAACCGUCCGGUCAUUAAAUACCUGCAGAUCUGCUGCAGGGGAGUUUUAGCAGCACGCGGGAUACUGCAGAGAUCAAGGAUAUAAGUGAACAAUGCUUAGACUACAGACUAUCAUUUGCACUUUUUCUGUGCUGUUUGUUGCAGCCAGAGCUGAUUUUAAAGCACGGAACUGCAGCGAGGUGAGGGAGGCAUGUACCGGGAGAGGCUUCGGCUUCGCACAUGUUCCUCUUCAGGAGAUCCCAGGUGAACAUCUUCGAGUAUGUCCCCAGGGAAACACAUGUUGCACCCAGGAAAUGGAGGACAAAUUUGGCCAACAGAGUAAACAGGACUUUGAGAAUCUGGUCGAUGAAAUGAGUCACGAAUUGAGGAGCACUUUUGUUUCCCGACACAAAAGAUUUGAUGAAUUCUUCCUGGAGCUCCUGGAGAACACAGAGAGGUCCCUGAACGAGAUGUUUGUGAGGACUUACGGCAAGCCGUACAUGCAGAACGCAGAGGUCUUUGAGAACCUGUUCUCUGAGCUGAAGCGCUAUUACACGGGAGGGAACGUCAACCUGGAGGAAAUGCUUAAUGACUUUUGGUCGCGGCUGCUGGAGCGCAUGUUCACGCUGCUCAACUCGCAGUAUGUCAUCACAGAGGACUAUCUGGAGUGUAUCAGCAAGUAUACGGAUCAGCUGAAGCCCUUUGGAGACGUGCCCAGGAAGCUCAAGGCUCAGGUUACCCGAGCAUUCAUCGCUGCACGCACAUUUGUCCAGGGGCUCUCCGUUGGCCGGGAGGUCGCCCAGAGAGUGUCUAAGGUAAGCAGCACUCCAUCAUGCAUCAGAGCACUGACAAAGCUGAUGUACUGCCCCUUUUGUCAGGGCAUGCCGGCAGUCAAAGCCUGUAAGAACUACUGCCUCAACGUCAUGAAGGGUUGCCUAGCAAAUCAAGCUGAUCUGGAUCCCGAGUGGAACCUGUACAUUGAUGCCAUGCUGCUGGUGGCACAGAGACUGGAGGGACCUUUCAACAUUGAAUCUGUCAUGGAGCCUAUUGAUGUCAAGAUUUCAGAGGCCAUCAUGAAUAUGCAAGAUAACAGUGCCCAGGUCUCCUACAGGGUCUUUCAAGGCUGUGGUCAGCCGAAGCCCGCAGGAAUGACUAGGUCUGCCCGCGGUGUUUCGGAUGUGUUCAACGCUCGCUUCAAGCCGUACAGCCCCGAGGAGCGGCCGACCACUGCAGCUGGCACAAGCCUGGACAGACUGAUUAGCCGCAUGUUUGUUGGACUGGAUCCUGAUACAUGGAUUUUCAUUUCAAACAACCUUGAAGCCGAAAAUGCUGCAUCAGGGUAA